CUGACGUCGGGCAGACGUGUAGCACGGUCUCCCGGGAGACCGGGAAAGCCGUUCGCACUCGGAGUCGAGGUCUAGAGAGAUUUUCUGGGUUGGCAGUAUUUUCUUGAAUCAGAACCUGCCAAAUUUUCCUACUUGCUAUAUAAGGACCCAAAGUUGGAAUACCUUUACAGAUAAAGAAGAUUAUUUUACUUCAGAACUCCCUCUGCAUAUUUUGAGAAAUUAUGGAUCGUCACAUCCCCAUGCACGCGUUACCCGAAGAAAUCCAAAAGAUGUCCCCUGAAGAAAAAGUUUGUAGGUACUGUGGAGUCAGCUAUCUAAUUCUUCACGAGUUUAAAGCUAUGGAAGAAAAAAUGAAAGCGAUGGAAAAAGAGAUGAAAUUUUAUCAAGGAAGUGUAGAUCGUGAACAGAGACUUCAAGAAAAGCUACGGUCUCUUAGUCAAGAUUUUGAACAGUACAAAAUUAACAAUGAAUCCAAAACAGAAAGAAUUUGGGAUGUAAGUAUGCAGUUAAAAAGUCAACAAAAUGAAUUGAAGAGAGUACAGAAAGAAUUGAGUCAUUUGCAACAUGAAUUAAAUAUUAAACAGAGACAAUCACAAGCAUUCAGUCAAAGGUUGGUGGAGUACAAGUAUUUGUGGAAUAAGACUCUUUCAUUACUUACUUUUACUAAAAGGGAGCUAACCAGUAUUAAAAAUGAAGUAUAUGACAAUUUUCAAAACUGGACUUCACUGAAAGGAGAAGUUUUUCUACAAAUUAAAUCCAUAAGUGAAACAGCCUUGACAGAAAUAGAGAUACUAAAGAAAAGUUUGACAGUGUCCCAGAGAAAUAAGAUGUGCCUUGAAGAGGAAAUGAAAAAUCUGAAAUUGUUGUCAGAUGCAGCCAUACUGAGGUCUCAGCAGAUUCAGACAUCCCAACAACAGGAAGCAAACUUGCAAACCAGAUGCCAUGACUUGGAAAAAGAAGUACUAGGUUUACAAUGUCAAGUAGAGGCACUUGGUCUAAAACAUCAGAAGGCAGUGACAGAGAUUGACAACUAUAAAGAAAAGCUCAUGAAUAAAUCUAAUGAAGCUGAUGACUGUCAAAGAGAACUUAGAAAACUGAAGUUUGAAUCCAUUAUUUCUGAGUCACGGCAUACCAGAUUGCUUAAAGAGAAAGAGGAUUCUUUAAUGGCUUGUCAACAAAUAUAUAAAACUUUACAGGAAGAACUGACUGCGAAAGAAAGACAAGAAGAAGACAUAAAAAGAAGAAUUAACUUUGCAGAAAAUGAACUACAGAUAACCAAAACUCUUCUGCAUAAGACAAAGGAAGAGGUUGUAACGCUGAAAAGUGAAAGGGAAUUAAUGCUGAUUUCACAUCAGAAAAGCAUCGAGCAGCUGCAGGAAACCCUUAGACAGAAGCUGCUGAAUGAUGACAACUGGAGAGAGAAGAUUGAAGCUGAGCUUGCCAAGGAAAGAGCCCAGCAUUUAGUUGAGUUUGAGGAGCAAGCUCUUCUUUUUAAAGCAGAAGCUAAACUGGAACUUGAUAUUGAAAAGGAAAAACAUCAAGAAAUAAUCUGUAAAUAUAAGAAAGAACAAGAGGAACUAAAAAUGAAGAUAUCUGAUUUAAUCGCAAGUGCUACUAGAGAUCUAAAGCUGGAAGUGGCCACCCUUGAAGAAAAACUCCAUGAAUCUUGUAUCCGACAUACUGAAGAUUCUGAAUCAAAGGAGAAAGAAAUUGAAAACCUUAAAAAUUUGGUUGCAGAAUUUGAAGCCCGCCUGAAGAAAGAAACUGACAGUAACGAUUCCAUUUCAGAGAACUUGAGGAAGGAAAUGAAGCUGAAGUCAGAUGAGCUAGAUAGAGUAAUGCUGGCACAAACACAACUGAUACAGCAGUUUAACCAGUCCCAGGAACAGAACACUUUUCUUCAGGAAACAGUGCGCAGGGAGUGUGAAGAACGCUUUGAACUGACACAGGCUUUGAGCCAAGCCAGAGAACAGCUUCUGGAGCUCAGGAAGCUCAGUGGAAGUUUACCUUUGUCGCCGUGUUCCCUUAACCAGGGCAGCCUAACCUCCUCUGCUGCAGUGGUCAGCAGCCAAGGAGAGAGAAGCCUUACAAGACUGAACUCUGGAAAAGGAAUCAAAAUCCCCAGCCUGCAUGGAGUGUCAAAACCCACCACUGCCCCAACCUCAGUUCAACCCAAGAGGGUCAGCAGCUCAGGUACAUUCUUAACUCUCAAUGGCCCCCAGAUACCCAGAGUGUCUGCAACCAUCCCCACCCCUCCAGAAUUAGGACAGCUCUCGAAGGACACAGGGAAAAAGGUAGGUGUCCAACUGGGCCUGAGGGCAUGUGACCUGAUUGAGUGUAUGAUCCUGAUUGUAUUUCAACCACAAGAACUUUAUGAGCUGUUCAUUUAUUUGUUGUUAUUAUGUAUGCCUCUUCUGGCCUUUCUUACUGUAAAAGCAGCCAAAUUUUUAAUGAAGAAACUGUGGACUCAUACAUUAUUAAAACUCAGUCACUACAGGUGACUUAUACAAACCUCAUUCCAAAUGUAAUGCCACGGGUUUCAGUACACAGAUCUUCUCAUAAAGGUUCUGCAUUUUCCUGGGAACAUGAUCAGGAUACUGUCUUAGCAGUUUUCCUAGGCCAUCUUUACAUUUAGUCUUAGCACUCCUGAGAAAAUUUAACCUCGGAUCUUCUAACUUACCUAAAUGUGUGUAAAAAGGGAUCUAUUACACUCCCUUAUCCAUCUCAGGUUAAAAUCAAAGUCUCACUGCAGGUCAGAGAGAUUUUCUUGCAUUACUUAAAAAGCAUGAAUAAAAAAGGCAUGGACACCUUGCCUGCUGAAAGGGCCGUCUACACAAACAUCAGGCUGUGCCUUCACUUUGUGUUCCAUUUAAAAGCAGGGAACUAGAUAUCUGGUGUAAGAUGGUGUGAUACCUGGCCAGCAGGCAUUGAUGCAGUCCCUUCCAGUAUCCCGUUAAAAACCGUGAUGGAAAAGAAAAGCACACAGGCAACAGAAUCACAAGAACCUGCCCCCCGCCCCCCACCACUGCUGGGCCACAUGGGUGCCGCCCUUCAAAGCACCUGGGCCACUUUGUAGGGAACAUUCUGAGAUGCAAACUCCUGGGGGAAAAAAAAAGGCUAAAGAAGCAGCUUGUUUCAGUGGCGGUAGGGAGGGAGAGAUGGGCAGCGGUGCGUUAGAUCUCAGAAAGGGGAAUUCUCUCCCGUACAGCCGUGGGUCAGCACACGGGACACUCAGCACAGGUGGAAGAGUGUGCCCUGUCAGAAGAGCGUGGUUGCCUACAGAGCAGGUAGUGGUAGCGGUAACAGCAACAGUAUGGCAGGAGUAACAAUGAUAAUGCUAGUUAUAUUUGUUGUUUAUGAUGGGCAGUCCAUAGUGCCAAGAGCUUUGAAAGUAUUUCAUUUAAUUCUCCUAAGAACUCUGUGAAGUUGGUAUAUUUAUCAACUUCCUUUCACAGGGGAGAAAACUAAGGCACAGAGAGGUUAAGCAGCUCACCCAAAGUCACACAGCUUAUAAGUGGCAAAGUCUGGAUUGGCAAAUAGACAAUGUAAACUGGGAAUUGGACUGGGGACCAAGCACAUUGUCUUGACUCCAUUUGUGUCUCUGAAAAGGGAUGGGACCCUCACUUCAGAGCAAACUUGGGUGAUGUCUCUAUACUCUGUUGACAUAACAGUCUAGCCUCAUUUGAGGGUGAGCAUUCAAGAAGCAAGAGAGAGAGAGAAGAGAGACAGAAAAAAAAAGAAAAGAGAGAAGGUACUUAGAAAUUAUGGGAAAAAA